GUGAGGUUACUUUUUUUUAGUCGAUGUCGAUGGCUCAAAUGCCUCGAAUGGUCCAGUUUGAUGUAGUGAUAAGUUUUAACUUUUGAAUAGAAAUCUAGCGCACUUUUUGUUUUAUCCUUCUUUCCCCAUUGUAGCAAACAUGGGAGGAUCAGACGUUUUAGAAGAAUAUUUUUUUUUUAUUGAGAACAACAAGGAGAUAGAAGACGGAAAUUAUCCUGAGGCGUCAGAAUUGAUGUGCCGAAUUAGAGAUACUGAUAUUUGGAAUCAUUUCAUUGAAAGAUCUUUCGAUAACAUCGAUCUACAAGAAUAUUUCACUAGUCUCUCGUCAGAAGUGAGAAGUAAAAUAUUUAAAUUUGGGAUAUCCUGUUUCGUACAUUUUGUUCAAGCAAAUUUCACAGGUCCUGAUUUAGGAACCGAUGUUAUCGAAAUAUUCAAUAAUCCCAAGAUAGAAGCUAUAGAUUUUCCUAAAUUUCUCACGCUAAAUAAUGAAGAGAUCAACGUGAAUACCAAGCAUCCUAUUUUAUUAGUUGUAUCUAAAUGCAUUUUCGAAAAGUGUUUAGUUUCAAAUAUUGUGAAUUCACUAUGGACAUGGAGGAGUAUGAUUGUCCAUCAGCAGAUAAUGGAAGAACUCAGUCCUCUUCUCUUAUCUCAAGCAGAUGCUUUGAAAAAGCAAAUUACUACCUUCAAUCUACAAGGAUAUGAAAAAGCUAAGUUCGACAUAGAAUUUGCCCAGUUAUAUUUGACCUUCCGUCAUGUAGCUAAAGCUAAGGAACAUAUCUACUCGGCUGAUGAUAUAUUAGGUGUCCAAUAUAGUUUACAAGGAAAACUCACAAAAAGAACUAAACAUCACGAAAAGGAUAUAGCUCAAUUGACUCUGGAAAUAUCACUGUCAUCAGAUAAUUCUGAAAUAAAACGUCCGCUUGUUCUUGAUUUUGAAAUACCAAAAAACGUAAAAGCGGAAAAAACAUCUUCAGAACCUUCAUCGAAAGCAAACUCUAAUAUAAAAGUGAUCAGUAUACCAAACACUGAACAAAAAUUGUUUUUAACUAGAGCACAUGAAAUGCUAGUUGCUAAACCUCAGGAUGAUCUUCAGAUUGAUGAAAUUCGCCCUUUUAUUGAUCUUAUUUUGAAUCAGAAAAACACAUGGGCAGUGAGGGUCGCCACCUUGUUGCUUCGUUGUAAAAUUGAGGUAAAAUUUGGCAAAGUGGUGGAAAAAACUUUAGCUCAAUGUAGAGAAAUCUUGGAUUGCUAUGACAGACCAAAACCACAUGUUCUGACCAGAUUUGCCGACGUAUUCAGUACUGGUUUGGUACCAAUGUGGAAAGUAGAGAUACAAUGUGCUGAUGUUUUAAUGAACUUGGGUUUAAUCAAGCAUGCAUUAGAUGUUUAUAAAAAGGUCCAACACUGGGAACAGGUCAUAGCCUGUUACAAUCGUUUGAAGUCAAAACAGAAAGGAAUUGAAGCUAUCAAAAGCCAAUUAGAGAAAAAGGAGACUGUCAAAAUGCUGUGUCUAUUGGGUGAUGCUACCGAUGAUGUAUCUUGCUAUGAGAAAGCUUGGGAACUUUCGAAAAAAAGGAGUCACAGGGCGCAAAGACAGUGGGGACAUUUCUUCUAUUCCCGAAAACAAUAUGCAGAAUGCAUACCUCAUUAUGAAAAAUCAGUUAGCAUCAAUCCGUUGCAAUCUCAAGUUUGGCUACGACUUGGCUAUGCUGCCCAGCAGAAUGAAAAUUGGCAUGUAGCAGCAACAGCAUAUAGGAGAUAUACAAACUUGGAGCCUGAUGGGUUUCAAGCAUGGAACAACCUUGCUCAAGCCUACAUUAAGAUCAAUAACAAAAGAAGUGCCCAAAAUGCUCUACUGGAAGCUUUAAAAUACAACUAUGAAAAUUGGAAGAUAUGGGAAAACCUCUUAUUAGUGAGUACCGAUACUUAUAGCUAUGCGAACAUCAUAAAAUCUUACCACAAAGUCUUAGACUUAAAAGGAAAAUACCUCAACCUAGAAGCAUUGAACGUAUUAGUUUUCAACGUUUGUAACGAUAUCUCAGAUGAACAUAAGAGAGCUGAACUGAGACUUCAUGACGAACCUGAAAACUUGAUGCAAAAAUGCAGAGAACUACUAGGAAGAGUCAUUUCUAUCUAUCCAGGAGAGGGCUAUAUUUGGGAACUGUAUGCUAGUCUAGUUCCCCCAAGUUUACUAAGAGCACAGCGAUUCCAAAGGGCUUACAGAGCAUAUACGCAAACUGGAUGGGACAAAAGUCCUCAAACAUGUGUGCAAGUCAUGUGUCUAUGUAUAAAAUUAGCAGAAUUAGUGCUUACUAAAGGUGUAGACCUUCAAGACCAUUUGUUGAACUCUGUGAAACUGAAUUUGAGCUCUGCUGUUUCUGCCACAAGGAAACACGAUUGGGAGGAGUCCAGAUCACUCGUCGAUGAAGUGUCCGUCCACCUAGAUAGAUUGGUUGAAAAGGUGAGGAAAUUGACGGAAAAAUCUAAUGAAAUCAACAAUGGCGAAAGACUAGUUCUUCUUUAGUCAUUAAUUCUGCUAGUUUUUGUUACCAUUCAUUUUUAUUCAGAUUUCAUCAAACAUCAUUUCAUUAUUAAAUUCACAGUUUUAAUUUUGUUCGCUGUAAAUGGCUACAAAUUAUACUGUUUGCAUCAGAUGUGGUGAAAUGUACUUUUGUGUGUGUGUUGUAAUUGUUUUUAGAUUAUAUUUUUAUUACAUCAUUGUAUUAAAUAAUGAAUAAAAAUUGAGAUCUCCUUUUUCAA